CAGUCCCUGGCUGUCUCCACCCUGGGAAGCUGAUGGCAAGGUGGCAGCCUGGCCCCUGGGAAGGAAGCAGCCACGUCAGAUUCAACGAGGUUUGCGGCGGCGAGGAGCCCUGCAGCAGCAUCUGGGGAAAACGUGUGUCUUACCCUUAACUGGCAGCCGUGGGCAUUGAUGAGCGGACGAGAAAAGAGCAGUGUCAAUGUUACCAACAGAAAGCACAAUGCAGCAGCUUCCCGGCUCUGGACAUACAGAAGAGGAAAUGUACUUCCUCCCUCUUCUGACUGCGGGGCAAACCUGGGCACCCUUCCCUGGCCCUGGGUGGGGCCCACAAGGUGUUGUUUGCAGGGACAGCCCACCCUCCGGCUGGGACCCGAAGCUAGGGGCAGCAAGCACACCCAGGAGCCCUCUUCCCCCAUCCUGGGGCUGCGGACACCUUGACACAGCAUGCCCUGCUCCUCCAAGCAGCAGUUGAGGAAGUCCAAAGCAAAGCCCAACGGGAAGAAGCCUGCGGCCGAGGAGAAGAAGGUGUACCUGGAGCCAGAGUAUGCCAAGUCCAGGAUCACCGACUGCGAGUUCAGGGAGCUGGUGGUGCUGCCCCGGGAGAUCGACCUCAACGAGUGGCUGGCCAGCAACACCACCACGUUCUUCCACCACGUCAACCUGCAGUACAGCACUAUCUCGGAGUUCUGCACGGGGGAGGCGUGCCAGACCAUGGCCGUGUGCAACACACAGUACUACUGGUAUGACGAGCGAGGGAAGAAGGUCAAGUGCACUGCCCCCCAGUACGUCGACUUUGUCAUGAGCUCUGUGCAGAAGCUGGUGACGGAUGAGGACGUGUUCCCCACGAAAUACGGCCGAGAGUUUCCCAGCUCCUUCGAGUCCCUGGUGAAGAAGAUCUGCAGGUACCUGUUCCACGUGCUGGCCCACAUCUACUCGUCCCACUUCAAGGAGACCCUGGCGCUCGAGCUGCAUGGACACUUGAACACCCUCUACAUCCACUUCAUCCUCUUUGCCAGGGAGUUCAAUCUCCUGGAUCCCAAAGAGACCGCCGUCAUGGACGACCUCACGGAGGUGCUGUGCAGCGGCGGGGGCCACGGUGGGGGCAGCACGGACGGGGCCAGCGGUGGGGGUGCAGGGGCACAGAACCAUGUGAAGGAGAGGUGAGCCGCACGGCCAGACAGGCGUGCACGUGUGCAGAGACGGUGGCAUGUGUGCCUGCGUGUGUCCACCUGUGUGCGCACAUGUGCUGGGCACGCUGGGCAGGAAGUCGGAGAGGUGACGCUGCCCAGGCCAGGCCAUGCAGAGUGUGGACCCCGGAGCCGGCGUCUGCCCGCUUCCCGCGCCAUUUUCCUGUUGGAUGGACAAGUGCCGCUUGUCGAGAAGCACCUGGGACUCCUUCCUCCGCUCAGCACACCGAGGGGACUCCGCUGUUUCCUCCGGGCUUCCUUUCCUUGUCUUCUCUGCGGCCCGGCCCCACCUCCCCGGCUCUGCCGCUCUGAGAAGUCGCCAGUGAGAUGGGGCUCCUCCCAGGCCUUGGGCUGCAGACCUGGGUUCCUCUUGGUUGUGUUGUUUCAGGGUGGGUUAUCUUAGAUUCCUCCUGUCUCCCCUCGACUGGAUCUUGGCUGUUGGCAGUUCAGCUUGGGGGGGAGGGGGAGGCCAGCGAUGCUCUGUAGGGCCCCCCAGCUCAUGUCCCUGUUCCUCCUGCCCCUGCCGCCCAAGAGGGACCCUGGACUAGCCGGCCUUGGGACCGAGGCAUCGGGGGCGGCAGCCUGUGCGGAGCAGCUGUGGGCAGAAGGCAGAGCCUUGCACGCUCUGCUCCUCUCUGUUUGCUCGAAUAAAAAGAAUUCUCUCAGGUUA